AUUAUGAACAAAGAUUCAGCAGUUGUUCAGGGGGCGUUCCUCCUGGCAGAUAAACUGUGCCUCCCCUCUUCCCUGUGCACGAUUCAGAAAGCAGACUGGAACCGUGUGAAGCACCCGGUCUUGCAGGCCCUCAGAGAAAUCUGUGGCACAGAUGAAUCUGGGGAUCAGCCCAGUCUUCAAGCUCAAGCCUGGAUAAAGAAGAUUGUUUGUGUUGUGUGGUUAAAGUUGUUGAGCAGAGAGGCCGAGGAGGACGUUGAGAAGGCAUGGAAGGAGAAUCCUUUCUUCUCCCUCCAGAACAGCCUUCCUCAGGUGAACCGCGUCGUCUUGCUGGAGCUGCUGAAAUCGACUGCAGCUGCAAAUGUUUUUGCCACUCUUCUCCUUCGUCUUCCUGUAGCUCAGCUCUGCGCAGAGCUCGAACUGCUGGCAGAACAUGUGAGGACUGAUCCCAUCGGGGCAGAUGACGUCCUCUUUUUUCUGGAUGUGUGGUGGGAACUGUGGAAAGGCAGAGACGAAGACUCGAGGACAGAAGGAAGCGUAGAGAUGAUGUUUGCCAACCAGUUUGCACGUCUCUCUGCAGGUUCCCCUCAUCUGACCCCGCAGGCUGCAAAAAGGUUGAAGCUGGACACGUCGGAUUUACCAGCAUCCUCGGCUAAUACUGAGGUUCUGCACAUUCUUCUUCAUGCCCUUGAAGACCUGGCAGAUCACGUGUCCUCCACAGACCUGUGCCUGCGGUCCCUGUCUGUUUGUCUGGACACUCUUCACACAUCCUUCCUGAUGGAGCAGGAAGUUGUCCUUCCAGUCAAAGAGAAGCUGCACGUACUGUGUGAAGCUGUCACCACCAGAAGUGACAAUAAGGUUCCGAGUCCUCAACUUAUUCGAGAAGCUCUUAGAGACCUCCGUGCUUCUCACUCCCCGUCUCGUUUUCAGCCCAGCAGGAUAAAGUUGAGCGAAGCCCUAAUGAUUGUAGCAGCACUGGCACGGUGUUGGCAGGAGAAAGGUCUGCUCAGAGUUGACGACUGCUCACAUCCAUCUUUCCCCACAUUCCAGCUGCAACAGAGUGUCCAAAGAGUUCUGAUCGCUCUGGACAAAGCUUCUGAAGCUGAGGAGGAGAAGAACACACUCAUAAGUUUGCUAAAGUCUCUGGCGUUCCCUGCUAUAAAGAUCUCUCCUGAAGUGCAGCUCCAGGUCAGCAGCUGCAUCAUCAGCCACCGCCUGGAGGACUACGAGAGCUUCGCUGCGUUGUUUGCCAGCGAGGCCUCCUGGGCCCGUUCUGACAGCUGCUGGAUGGACUGCCUGGAGAAGAACCAAGCAGUUUUCAGGCAGCCCACAACCCUCCUGAGCCUCUCCUCCACCCUCAUGACUCGGCUGCAGACGGAGAGCCUAAACUUCAGCCAGUGCAGGAAAGUGAUGAAAAUCUCUGCAGACAUUUUCUCUGCUCUGUCUCUGGAAGACAAGAACAAAGUGCUGGCUGCCAUGCUGAGGUUCUCCAGCAGGGGCUUCUUCAGCUGCUCCGUCCCCCAACCUGUGACAGACGGGUUCCAACAGGAACUCAACAUGGUCUUCAACUGCAUCAUUCAGGGAGGGGGCGGGGCCUCUGCAGCCCCGUCGCAGGGUAACCUGAGCACAGCGGUCUCUUUGGUGUCGAGAGUUGCCUUUCAGAACCCAGAGGCAGCGCUGAAGUCCUGCUGCUACUCAGCUGUGUUCAACAAGGGAGCGUCCGGUCUCAUGGCCAGCAUCCUGCAGCAGCUGCCUGGACUCCGAGGACCCAAGAGAGCGAAGGGAGAUGUGAGCGGUAACAGUUUGCUCUGCAGGUGUUUACAGGAAACAAUCAGGACCAAGUCCCUGUCGGUCAGUGAAAAGGAACAGCUCCUCAGGUUUCUGGGUCUGCUGAUGACGUCUGACACGAUGUCUGAGGGAGAAGAGACGAGACCGAGCUUUCUGUCACCCCAGGAGGUUGUGAAAACCUUCGUCCUGCCCAACCUCUCAGCCGACUGGUCAGGCUUGGACCUGCCUCAGUACAGCCAGGGCACGGGUCUUUUGGCCUGGAUGGAGUGCUGCUCUGUGUCCGAUCCCCUGCAGUCCAUCAUGCUGUCCCAUCUGUCUCUGGACCAGCACCGGCCCGACCACGUCAGCAUGUUCAGUAAGGGUCUGCUGGUGACCCUGACGCAGACCCUCCCCUGGUGCUCCGUCUCCCAGUGGAGCCGACUGCUGAGAGUCCUGAAGGAGCUGAUCGUCUCCCAUCGCCUGAGCGUCCCCUUCUCUCUGGAGUACGUGGACUACCUGCCCCUGCUGGACCUGAGACAGUUUUCAUGUGAGCUGCGCCUGUCGGUCCUGCUGCUUCGAGCCCUUCAGCUGCUCUGUGGCUCCAGCUGCUCCGGCUGGCUGUCAGCCGAGGGCUGGGCCCACGUGGGCAGGCUGUACGCUCAGGCUGUGAGGGAAACGAUGAGCUCGGUGAAAAGCAAACUGUCCGUUCCCUCGCCAGCUGCUGCUCCUGCCUCUGCAGCUCCACCAGCAGUCAGAGACUCCACUUCUUCUCUCAGAGCUCCUAAAAUGUCUACAGGUCCUCUGAUGGACGCAGAAAACCCUCCUGGGAAAUUAACAGAGUCAAAACCUGAGGGGGAAGUGGGCACGGCGCCAAGCCAGGAAGUUCUUUUUGUUCUGAGCCAGCUCUUCUGCCACGUUCAGCACAUCCAGGUGAUGAUGCCAGGAGGCCGGUCGGAGCCUCUGUUCCUGUGCAGUCUGGAGAUUCUCAGUCACUACGAGGCCAUCAUGGCCGCCUUCCCAGACAGCUGCAGCCCUGCAGAGAGCGACAACACCCGCCACUUCUUCUCCACCAUCACUGAUAACCUGGACAACCAGGAGAUGAAGGCUGUGCUGCAGCAGAAGAUCGCUCAGCUCGUGUCGUCUGCAGCCUGACACGAACAGCGCUCAGCUGCUCGGACUGUCUGAAGAGACUGGAAGAAGUGGAUAAAAAUCUGUUGUUUACAAAAAGAACAACCGUGUUGGCCUUGAUUUUGUUUACUCUAC